AUGACCGAAAAACCCCUUCAAUCUAGGUGGAGUCUGACAAAGAGUGAUGUCCGCGCCAUUCUGGAUGAUAAUACCCACCGCUCAACAGACUUGAAACUCCUCCCUAUCGAAUGGAAAGCCUUAGACUUUGGUGAGACAGGCUCAGCAGGAAGCUCUGUAAAGCUCAGUGCCUCCAACACAAAGGCGCGGAUGAUCCAGUGGUGUCAGGAUGCUUUUGCCUUGGUCCGCGGGGAGCACGCGACAGCGUCUGGUCCUAAUUAUAUCAGCCACUCUGAUGAUACGGAGUCGUAUUUUGGCCGGCUAGAUUCUUUUUUUUCAACACUGAUGACAUGCAAUUUUCUGAUGAACCAGAAGAAGUUGAGCUACGAGGAGGUUCUCGAUAGGGCUUGUGCUUUACUUUCGAGGCUUCCGGCUUACCCUCCAGAAUUGAAUCUUAAGUGUGACAGUGCAUUGAUAGCGGAAGAGCGGUGGCCGGCAAAACACUUGACUGAGAGCAAUGAUAAUCAAUAUAAAUGGUCAAACCUUUCUGUUUUUGUUAAACCAAGCACUAAUACGAUCCGUGUUGCUCUGUAUCUGACUAUGAAGCCUGUGUUGAGAAUUACCAACGACUAUUCAGACACUAUCGCUCAACUUCUCGACAUACUGGCGGACUUAUACAAAAGUGCAAUCACUAUUGGCGAUUCCCAGGCGUGGUUCGUUGUACAGGCAUAUUUAUGGGCAGCUUGGCAGCACACAGUGAUGCUACAGCUUUGGUGCGACGCCUCAACAGUUCUGCAGCUGGGAUAUAUGUUCGAGCGACAUAAUAGUAUAAUCUGGCGAGAGAUCCCGUCGGUUAUGCCGUCGCGAGAGAUAAUUGAACGAUCUAGACCGGAAUACAUGUGCAAAUGGGCGUUUGAGCUGCUUCGUUCUGAUCUUAGCGCUGUGACGCAGGAUUUCCGGGCCCUUUUCGAGGCAUUCGAGCGACAGUUUGGUGGGCGACCGUCUCGCUGUAAUAUUUCUACCACUUCUUCUAGUGGGCGUGCUGGAAAUAGAAAGAGAGUUUGUGACGGAAAAGCGCCCGGAAAUUGUCAGAGAUUCGAGUCAGACGAUGUGCAAAUCCAAUCGGCGCAUGACUUUGCGUGUCCCAACUCGACAGGAGAAACAUGUACCUUCCUGACCUGGGACGAGCAGUCAUAUCGAAGCAUCAAAGGCGUAGCGAGAGCUGUUGACCUCGACCAGACAGACGACAAGUACCUCCGAUACCGCCCGCUCUCCUUCGAGAACAUGGCUAUCUCCCACGUCUGGAGCCACGGGCAGGGCGGUCGUCCAGAGACGGGGUUCAAUAUCUGCCUUCACAGAAGGUACAGCGGGCUUGCUCGAUCCCUUGGCUGUAGCUCUUACUGGAUGGACACGCCCUGCAUUCCGACCCCCGAUGACCUCCGCGAUGAAGCAAUCGGUCAGAUAAACGAUAACUUCAUGAAUAGCAAGGUUACCCUCCUCGUUGAUCGUGACCUUAUGCAAAUUGAUAUCCACCCGUUAACACUAGAAGCAGAAGAGGCUAUUCUAGCCACACUCGUCGUUUGCGAUUGGAAUGUGCGUGGCUGGACGCUUCUAGAGGGCAUGCGCGGACGCAUGAAACUGCACAUCCUCUGCAAGAAUAACCAUGUCAUUUCCCUGAUGGAUGUACUCCGUGACGUGACAGCAAAGAGCACUCUCUCGCUUAUCUCCCCCGCUCUAGCGAUAUACCAUUACACGCCAACUCAAUACGAAGUCAGCGGCCUGGAUAUGAUCGAGCCCGUGACGACCGAGCAAGCGACUUGUCUCUUGAAUCACCGGCACGUAACCAAGGAACGCGACCUAAUUAUAAUCUGGAGUCUCGUCUGCGCGUCGAAAAAGAUUGCUAAGAAGGCUGAGGAUUUCUGGGCUUCGACGGUUGGCCAGUCGCUUGCUACAGGGUUCCUCGUAUCAGGGACACCGAGACUUACGGCGCGCGGGUUCAGCUGGGCACCUGAACGACCGAAUGUGCUUCCUUCCGCGGCGACGACAUCCGAUCAAACCAAGAACGAGAAACAGUACCCUGCAUUUGACGGCCAGAGUAGUCUACAUGGUACCAUAACUCCGCAAGGGUUCAAGGCCGAAUGGCUUACCUGUCGGAUUCGAAGAUCGAAACUAUACCAACUGACCUCGGAGUUCACACUGCAGAGUUAUACUGGUCCUGAAGACCUGGUUUACUGGCGUGUCUAUAAUGUAGGGGCCAACCAGCGAAUGAACCCGGAAAGCAUGCACCAUCUCCGGUCUGUUAUUGGGGUGGUGCUUAAGAAGUUUCGCUGGGUUGCACUUUUGAUGCCUGCCCUUCGAGGCCGGACUAGUAAUGAUGCUGUAUAUCCGCCGCGUCCGUUUGAAUAUCAGGGGGAAGCUGAGGGUUCGAUGAUGGUUGUCGUGGCAUCGAACAACGGUGAUAAGUGGGAGUGGCAGUUCGUGCAUGAGUGGGAUAGAAAGUUUCUGUUGCCAGAGUUCACUUGCGAGGAGCUUUUGAUUGCUUAG